AUGGCGAGCUCGGGCUGCGAGGACCUGGGGGGCCAGGAGGAGGAGAGUUUUCUGUACUUCGCCUAUGGCAGCAACCUGCUGACCGAGCGGAUCCACCUCCGAAACCCCUCGGCCGCGUACUGCUGCGUGGCCCGCCUGCAGGAUUUUAAGCUUGACUUUGGCAAUUCCCAAGGCAAAACAAGUGAAACUUGGCAUGGAGGUAUAGCCACCAUUUUUCAAAGUCCUGGCGAUGAAGUGUGGGGAGUAGUAUGGAAAAUGAACAAAAGCAAUUUAAGUUCUCUGGAUAAGCAAGAAGGGGUUAAUAGUGGAACAUAUGCCCCAAUGGAAAUUAAUGUUUAUACUCAAGAAGGAAAAAAAAUAACCUGUCGAAGUUACCAGAUGAGAAAUUAUGAGAGUGCUCCCCCUUCGCCCCAGUAUAAAAAGGUCAUUUGCAUGGGCGCCAAAGAGAAUGGUUUGCCCCUGGAGUAUCAAAAGAAGUUAAAUGCGAUAGAGCCAAAUGACUACAGAGGAAGGGUCUCGGAAGAAAUUGAAGACAUUAUCAAAAGCAAGGAAACAAAAACUCAUUAGAACAUAAUAGACUAUUCCUAAGGAUAUUUUCUCUCUGUGCUCAUUUAAUAUAUUUUUAACCUUUGGAACAGGGAUCUGGGAUAUCUCUACGUUUAAUAUAUUUUCAGCAGUGCUCUGAAGGGAUAUCUCCGUUGAGUGGUUCCUUGUUUUUGGACUAUGAAAAGAAGCUGGGUUAGGAGUUAGGCGGUUGCAAAGAGGACUGUGAGGCACUGGAAUGCAUGGUAAAUGGAUGUGGGUCUUUCUGUGAACACUUUUCUGUGAAGUUAUUUUCUUGAGUUGAUCUGAAGUGUAUUCUUGCUCUGUGACAGAGGAUAGAUCUGCAGCUUAAUGACGGUGCUGGUGAAUUGCUCUGCUCUGGAAAUGUUUCAUCAGCUUAAUAAGAGCAAGCAAGAUGCAGAGACAGUUGAUAAUAAAAAAUUUUUAAAUUUAAAA